AUGAAACGUGAGUACCUCCCAGUUGGUACGUUGCCUUCCUGGACGAAGUUGAAUGGCAUCAUUGUCAAUGGCGUUGCAUUCCAGAAGCUACAGACAGAAGAUGUGGUAGACAAGGGGACUGCAAUAGUAGCAACAGAAGACACGUCUAGCGAGGAUGCAGAAGCCAAUGAGUCGGACUCGAUAGUCCUCCUGAGUAUUCCAUCUGAUAUGAUUCUCUCGCUUCAGUCGGUUGAAAAUCAUGCCAAAUCUGAUCACCAUUUGAGGGAAGUAUUGGACGCUGUUGGGGAUUUUGGAAGAACAGCUCGAGGUGCAACUCUGAUAUUUCUAAUUAUGCAAGUUACACAUUCCAGUCCAGACUUUGCCAAUGAGCCACAUAAGAUUGGACUUUCAAACCCCUGGACCGAAUACAUCAAGUACAUACCACCAUCAAUACUAUUGCCUACAUUUUACACGGAAGAAGAACUCGAGCUUCUACAAGGAACCUCAUUAAGGUUGGCGGUAGAUACGAAAGUGAUCUCGCUCGAAAGGGAGUUUGAACACCUUCGCAAAUCCACGGAGGGUAUAUCUUGGUGCAACAGGUUAUGGUGGAGUGAAGAAACCGGUAAAUUCACAUUCGAUGAUUGGAGAUACGUUGAUGCUGUAUAUCGAUCGCGCGUGGUGGAUUUACCCGGCAGCGGACACUCGAUGGUCCCAUGUAUUGAUAUGGCGAAUCAUGCGUCCGAGGAUACAGUAAAGGCAUUAUAUGACGAAGGCGCUGAAGGGAACGCAGUCCUACUGUUACGGCGCGGUCGGAAACUGUCUGCUGGUGACGAAGUUACCAUCUCGUAUGGCGACGAAAAACCGGCGUCGGAGAUGAUUUUCUCGUAUGGGUUUCUUGAUAAUGGAAGGGAGAGUGCAAACCAGAUCUUUCUCGAUCUGGACAUUCCUGACGAUGAUCCAUUGAAGAUGGCUAAGCUGGCUUUCAACAAAGACGUGCCCGGCAUCCGGUUGUUCUCUUCAGAGGCAGGGAGCACUAACUGGGACAGCCCAUUUGUCUGGUGGGCUUGCGUAAACGAGGAAGAUGGACUUGGCUUCAACGUGCUACAAACCAAUGACGGAGGAAGAGAGCUUAGAGCCCGCUGGAAGGAAGCAGAAGUGGAACUAUCCAGCAGUCUCAGAGACCGCUUAGCUACUGAUCCUCUGUGGGAUGUUUUCCAGCUUCGGGCUGUUGUAAUUAUCCUGGAUCGACUGGAAGCCCAGUUGGUUACACUUCGACAGACUCAAGGGGUGGUUGUGGAGAUCAGUCAGGACGAGAAUAUGCUGACAAUUUUCCGACCCGGCGUGCUCAGCACAAUCAUGAAACUACGUGAAUUAGAGGCAGAGUUGCUGGAGCGGGGAAUUGAGGACCUCGCGAGGCAGAGGGACACCUUGAUGGUGUCCCAGACUGUCAGCGCCUACCUCGGUAGCCAGCACUCAGUCGAUAUUGAAGAAGAUUUCUCGUGA